UUCAAUUUGAUUAUGGCCGAUCUGCAUCUUUACAGCAAAUGCCCUCCUUGGCUACACAAUCCUGACUACCUUUCCAAACUUAUUAAGUUUAGCUUUUAAUUUGUUUGACCUUCAAAGGCUUUUUAAGGACUGCUUCCAUACUUUUAUUAUCCUUUUAUAUACAUCUGAGAGUUUUUUUGCGUCAGUACGAGUAUCCAAUGUGGAUUCAGCAGGAAUAACACAGCAAAGAGCAACAUCAGCCUGAGAUGUUUGCCAGCAGUAAACGUACUGUGAAACAGAUUGGUGCAGUGAAAAUGGAUGAUGCUCACUGUGAUAAUAGGGAUCAUGAUCUCCCUCAACAUGACAAUGAUGAUUCAGAGAGAGACGGAAAGAAGCAUGUUCCCAUCCGUAGGAAUUCUUGGUUUUAUCGAUCAAUGAGGAGGAAACGACAAACCAAUAGACAGCCUGAAACAACACCACGAACAACUGACAAUCUUUGCAUGAAAAAUGAUGGGCUGCAGGAAAGACCAAUUUAUCUAGGAUACACUCCCAAACCCUCUGGCUCAUUGCCUUGUUGGAAAAUUCCCUCAAACACUCCACAGCACAUGCAGAAAUCACCACUAUUCACCACAAGCAGCAACUUUGGGCCGUCUGUAUCAAGGAAUCCUCAGCCUGGGGACUGGAGUCGCAGUGAUACGAAAAUGCUGCCCAGUUGUUAUGGGCCUUUGCCAGUGUUUGGACUAAAUGAUAAGCAAAAAGAGAACCACUCACAAAGACACAGUGACUCCCAAAGCUGUCAGCUGGCCUCGAACACUGAAUAUCUUCUAAAUAAAGCAACCAGCUCCAUUUCAACUCCGAGUAAAGUUACUUGCACAAAGAUUCUGACCAAUGACCUCGGUUCCUGCAAUCUCGGAGAAACUCAGCCUCCUGAAGAACGAAGCUUAAAAGCAUCUUCACCGGGAGAUGUUCAUGAGAAAGACAGCUCAAGCAGAUUUCUUGAAGCGAGCUCACAACAAAAUGGAAAUUCUCCAGCAUGUGCUUCCGUAUCCAGGUUCAAGAAUGUUUGGCAUUUCAUUGAAAACAUAGAACUUCUGUAUCAGGAAUAUCGGGAAAAGAGCACGUAUCAAGAAAUCGAGACAAGGCGGAUGCAGGAUUGCACUGAAAAGAACAGGACAGAAUUUGUAAAUGAAGCCAAACCUCAGGAAGUGAAAAGUGACACCACUAUUCCUGCUCAAGAGCCAUUGCAACCUGUUAAACUCACCUCGAGUACGAAUAACCUGGGCAUGAAACUAUGGCAGAACACAGAGAAAGUAAGAAGCAGCACAGUGUUGAGUACUCUCAGUCGCAAGGAAAUUAAACUCCAAGAGGCGAUGUUUGAGCUGGUCACAUCCGAAGCAUCUUACUACAAGAGCCUGGAGAUAUUAGUUUACCACUUCAUGAAGUCUGAGCAGCUCAGUGAGAUACUCAGUCCCAUUGAGAAACAUCAUAUUUUCUCCAACAUCCUCGAUAUCAAAGCAGCUAGUGAACGAUUCUUUCGGGAUCUGGAGCACCGUGUGGAGGAAGAUAUCGUCAUCUCGGAUAUCUGUGAUAUUGUGUACGAACACACAGUUGACUAUUUUAACGUUUACAUCCCAUACGUCACGAACCAGAGCUAUCAGGAGGCCGCCUAUCGACGAACAAUGGAAAACAGCCUUCAGUUCCGUAAUGCGAUGGCUGAACUCGAGAAGGAUCCCAAAUGUAGAGGCCUGCCGUUCCCCUCAUUUCUCAUCCUCCCCUUUCAAAGGAUAACACGUUUAAAACUACUGGUCCAGAAUAUCUUGAAAAUAGCCGAGGAAGAGUCAAAGAGGGAAAACACAGCUGUGAUGGCACAUAAAGAACUUGAAAAGAUCAUCAAAGAGUGUAGUGAACGUGUAAAAAAAAUGAGCAGGACUGAGCAGCUGAUCAAUUUUGAGAAGAAACUGGAAUUUAAAGUCAAGUCUGUGCCAAUCAUCUCCCACUCCCGGUGGCUGCUGAAGGAAGGUGAACUCGAACAAAUGUCGGGACAGAAAGCAACACGAACGUUUCGGAAGAAGAAAUUGUUUAAGCCAGUCUUCCUGAUUUUGUUCAAUGAUCUUUUUCUGAUAACCAGGAAACAAUCCUAUGGUGACCGAUAUGAAGUGUUUGACUAUGCACUUCGAGGUCUCCUUCGAGUUCAAGAGCUGGAUGACCAGGGUCAGGCGUUGGCAAAUGUCUUCACUCUACGGCUCUUGGAGAAUUGUAAUGACCGAGAGAUCCAAUAUAUGCUGAAAGCAAAGUCACUGAGUGAUAAGAAACGCUGGGUUCACGCACUCAUGCCAAACCGAAGAACUAAAUACGUUUCUCCCAGCUCAUUGCAUUGGGAUUGUCCUCAAGUGCAAUGUAUCCAGAGGUACAUAGCACAGGAACCAGACGAGCUCUCGCUGGAAGCUGCUGACAUCCUCAAUGUUGUCGAAUGGACUUCUGAUGGCUGGAUACUAGGAGAUCGCUUGCACGAUGGAGAGAAAGGCUGGUUCCCAAACCUCAUGGUUGAAGAGAUCAAAAAUCCACAGCUCCGAGCUCAGAACAGAAAGGAAUGCUACCGAAUCUAUAAGGCGGAAGAAUGCCACGGCAAUAAAAGCAAAGAAGGGAGAAAAUUAACCAGCAGAAGUGUGAUCCAUUAGCGGCAAUCGAAUCUUUGUACUUUGUUCAGCUUGUGUUUUUGACAGAUCGUGAAACUCCCUCCAUUCUGCAUGGCAACGCUAGCAGUGAAUAUUUUUGCCAGAAAACUGCGGAUUGUGAACCGUUUGUAUUCCAUUCACAAAAUGCUCCAUCUCUUUAAAUUAUUUAAUCUACAUAGUGAAAGCAGGAUUGCAGUGGAUAUGUUUCAUCUACAGAUUGUAGCUACUAAACGCAAUGAAGGGUGAUUAUUUGGAUUUAUUUUAUCCAACCAAUGUUCAAUUCCAAUUUAAAUGGCAGCUAUUCAGACUGAGGAAAAAAUGAAUACUUGAAUCAGAAUAAAGCUGCCGAAUCUGAAUAAUAUUUAAAUGGAAAAACUUAAGAGGAUGAAUUUUAAGACACAAAGCCACAGGUAGAACUGUAAAACAAAUCCAUUAAAAUUAUAUCCCAAUAAUA